AUGAGAGUGUUGGAAAGUACUUGUGGGGAACCUCGACUUGUUCCGGCUAUCACUGAGACAAGUGACGUCUUAAGUAACCACGAUUUUCGCGAGAAGCUCGAUGAGCAAGGGAAAGUGUUUGCUGCAAAGUGUAAGGAAAGAGGAUGGAAAGUAGAGGAAGUAUCGAGGAUCGACUCUUUUAUGGAUAGGCUGCAUAGCCAUGUGAAUGAGAUGAACGAAAGGCUGGCCCAAAUUGAACUUUUUUCUUGGAGACAUUCCAUCGACACACCGAAAUUCUUACGAACUGUGUUCGGAAGUCGUCCAUUUUUCGACGUUAACAGGAAUCGAACGUCUGUUGAUGAAUGCCUCAACACGUUUUUCACGUAUCCUCAAAAAACGAAGGAAACAAUUCCUCGCAAGGCGUUUAAUUCAUACGUCGAGAACCUACGCGAAAAGAUCCGUGCGAAACAGAAGGUUCCUUCCCUUACAAGAAUGCAGAGUACCAGCAUGAGCGCAUCAACCCGACAAUGA